UACACACCUUCCUGGUGUGAUAUUCACAUCGCCUUGGUGUAAUAAUUAUUUAUAUCUUUCGCAGAUGUCCGCCCUACCCCUUUGUACAAGAUUUGCUGUCUUGUUACAAGAUGUUUUAUACCUCACUGGUACAUGUUGUUUCUGGAAAAAAAUAAUUUUAAAGAUUAAACAUGAGAUUUAAAAAACUGAGGAUUCUGAAAAUAAUCCCCAUUUCAGUGUGCCUUUUUUUGCUGAUCUAUCUAGGACGUAUGACGUAUUGUCCUCAUAGGAAAGAGCUGGUAUUGAAUCACUUACUAAAGCAGGAUGUUGGAGAACUACAGGCUUGUUCUGCUAUUAUCCAAGGAGACAUGGACGGAGUGGACAAGGACAUUUUCGGGAAGCUCUUGUUCUCGAAAAAAAAAAAGAGCAAAUACCUGCUGUCGGAAUCAUUCUAUCUCAACGCAACCAAGGAUUGUCCAUCCUACAUCCAAGACAGAGGGUUUCUAAUGCUUUCUCUCAGUAAAGAGGAGAAAGAUUUCCCCAUUGCUUACUCAAUGGUGAUCCACGAGAAGAUUGAAAUGUUUGAAAGGCUCUUAAGGGCCAUUUACACUCCUGACAAUGUGUACUGUGUUCAUGUGGACCUGAAGUCACCUGAGAUCUUUAAAGAAGCAGUUAGAGCCAUUGUGUCCUGCCUGACCAAUGUGUUUGUGGCCAGCAACCUGGAGAAUGUGAUCUACGCCUCUUGGUCUCGAGUUCAAGCGGACAUCAAUUGCAUGCAGGAUCUGCUCAAGUCACCUGUCCAGUGGAGGUAUCUGCUCAACACCUGUGGCAAUGAUUUUCCCAUUAAAACCAAUGGAGAAAUGAUCCAGUCACUAAAACUCUUAAACGGAAAGAACAGUUUGGAGUCAGAAACCGUAAAGUCCAAAAAGGUGCGCUGGCAGUAUCAUCACAAUGUUACGGAUUUUGUGAUUCGGACGGAUGUUACAAAGUCACCCCCGCCAAUACAGAGCCCUAUGUUCACAGGAAAUGCUUACUUUGUGGUUUCAAGAGAGUUUGUGGAUCACAUCUUUAAAAGUGAAGAGAUUCAAGAUUUCAUGAAAUGGGCAAAAGACACAUACAGUCCAGAUGAGCACAUAUGGGCUACGUUACAGCGGAUGCAUUCAGUACCAGGAUCCAACCCUGCAAACAGCAAAGUACAAGCAACUCUGCUUUUCCCUGUAUCUUUGCCAGAUUAUUUCAAGAGUAAUAUGUAUGAGACCUCUGAGCACUUACCUCUUGUUCCUGUCCUGUCCUGUGCUCUUUUGGAGAUUGUUCUACCUCUGAGUAUUUGCUACUAA